GCACUCUGUCCCCGCCCCCUUUAGACCGUUCUGCUUACGAAAUCCUUCCGCCCGGCCAAUGGCAGUGUGUGUGGGCGGAGUUCACAAAGAACCAGCGAGCUGUAGUUGAGUUUUGCCGCGAAAUCCUUAUCGUAGCUGAUGAUGGAGACGGACGUGCUGCGGAGACUGGCACCGAAGAUGGGGCUCACCUCCGGCCGGGUCCUGGGGAAAGCGGAGGAGCUGCUGCGCAUGUCGCAGUUAAAGUGCGCAGGACUCUCGGCCAUGUCUACAGCGACGAGUACCGCGGUCAUGUGUCUUCAGCUCGCAGCCACGUCUCUACAUCAUCCCGUGGAUAAGGACUAUCUGGUGCGGCUGUCCGGACUCAACAAGAAGGUCUAUCAAAACUGCCUCAAGUCCUUUGAGUGUUUGCUUGGUGUGGAUACCAAAUUGGGCAUCCGAGAUCUGGCCGUACAACAUGGCUGCAUGGAGGCCGUGAACCUCGCAUCCAACAUCCUCAGCAGAUAUGAAGCUACGCUGCCUCAGGCUCAGCAAGAAGAUCUUGAUUUAUCCAAACCUUUGUUUAUCACCGCCGCUCUGUACUCCGCUUGCAGGUGUCUGAAGUUGAAAAUGGAAAAGAACAAGAUACUUGCUACCUCGGGUGUGAAGAAAGUAAUAUUUGAGCGUCUCUGCGUUCAGUUGGAGAAGAUCGGAUCGCAGAUCUGUCAGGAAAACCUCGCCAUCACGCAGCAGCCGCGGAAAAAGCAGAAGACUCUCCUGGAAUGUAUAGAACAGAAUGACGAUUAUUCGGAAGAUGAUGAUGAGGAGAUCCCACACAAACGAGCGCGCUCCGAGCCAGAAAACAAAGAGCAAGUUUACGAGGAGUGGAAAAGGAAAAUUCUAUUAAAUGCAUCAAAAGCCGCCAGUGGAGAAUAACGCCAGACAGUUUAUUGGUCCAUUCAGUAAUGCUGAGCAAAGAGGAAUCGCACCAUAACCCUUGACAGCCAAUCGGCAGUAUCCCCGAACCCUUUCCAAAGUAUGCACCAGAUGUGAAUGUGACGUGUAUUAAAUAAUGGACUGUAAACCCUAAAAUGCAUAGAUGUGAACCAGGCCUUAAGGGUUUGCUCGCCAACAUGACUACUGUUAUUGGCUGUCAUGUUCCGACAGCUCCCAAUCAUUACUAGAUACCAAGAACUGUCCUUGACCACUCGGUCACUGUUCUGUGAUCUCGCUCUCAGCACAAAACCCCCCCAAUGGAGGCGCAGGUGGUAACGCCUUUCCACUUUGCCGCCGCUGCGCAUAUAUACAUUACGUGGGCAUCAAGAGGUUAGAGCCUCUUAAGGUAUUUUUUCUAUACAACAAAAACUUUUAGCUGCUUUUUUUUUUUUUU